CUGAGGCGGGCGGGCAAGCGGGCCCUGGGUGGCGGCAUCCCCGGCGCUGCGGCGAUGGGGCUGCAGGUGCUGUCCUUGAUGUGGCUUCGCACCACUAUCAACUACCAGUACCGGUACGGCACCACCACCACCCACGCGCUCAAGCACCUGUACAAGGAGGGCGGCGUGACGCGCUUCUACCGCGGCCUGGCACCCGCCCUCCUGCAGGGCCCGCUCAGCCGGUUCGGCGACACAGCGGCCAAUGCGGGCAUGUUGGCCCUGCUGGAGGGCGUCGACAUGCCUGUCGCCCUUAAGACCAUGGCGGCCAGCGGCGCCGCCGCCUCCUUCCGCAUCUUCCUCAUGCCGGUGGACGCCUGCAAGACCAUCAUGCAGGUGGAGGGCAAGGGCGGGUUUGGCAAGCUGGUGCAGAAGGUGCGGGUGGGUGGGCCCGGGGUGCUCUACCACGGCGCCCUGGCCGCCUCCGCCGCCACCUUUGUGGGACACUACCCCUGGUUUGCGGUGUACAACUACCUCAACCACGUCCUGGAGCAGUACGACGACCUGCCCAAGCGCCUGCUGCGCUCCGCCUUCAUCGGCUUCUGCGCCUCGGCCGUGUCGGACACGUGCUCCAACAGCAUCCGAGUGGUGAAGACCACCAAACAGACGGCCACCGAGCCGCUGACCUACCCUCAGGCUGUCAAGAUGGUGGUGGAGAAGGACGGCGUCAUUGGCCUGUUUGGGCGGGGGCUGAAGACCAAGAUUGUGGCCAAUGGCAUGCAGGGCCUGCUCUUCUCAGUGCUGUGGCGCCUGGGCCAGGAUUACAUGGCCGGAAAGUAGAGAGGAGGAGAGCUGGCACGCGGCCGGCGCGGCACAGCGGAGUGGGAAGCCUGCGGCAUCCUGCCUGCUCCGGCGCGGCGGGAUUGAGUAGAGAUUGGAUACUAGCAUUGCGUGAACAAAUGAAUUG